AUGAGUAAACAACCAUCAUUUAUAAGUCCGGCUAAACCCGACAAAGUAGAUGUUCAAUUAACACCACAACAAUUAGAUGAACGUUUUAAAAUAACUCAAGAAGCACAUUUACCAAUAUAUACAUUAUUAUGUCAUACAUUUGAUUGUUUAAAACAAGCAUUAUAUGAUUUAUCAGAAAAAUUUUCAUCUAAUAAUGAAAAUACUUUUUGUACAUAA